AUGAGUGGGGUAGUGGAUAUGCCCUUCGGGUUUCCCAUCCUUGGGAUAGCCGUGGUCGUCGGUGUGAUGAGAACUCCGCUAUCCAAGAUUUACAUUCCUCAUCAGCUGAUCAUCAUCCUCGUUGCGUGCACUUUAUCCAAUCUUCAGCAUUACCACAUCGUGGCGGAUAUAUGGACGAUCGACGUGGACGCGGAUACCUGGAUCAACAUAGUGAGCCCGAUAAUAGUCCUGAAGAUCACUUACACGAUGGACAACUAUUUGUUCUUGAGAUCUCUACCGCAGAUCUUGAUAAUAUCGACGAUAGGAUUCUCUAUAAGCACUGCGCUCUGUGGAACUUUAACUUCGCUGCUCUUGAAGAACACAAUUUCCGUGUACAGCGUCAUCCUGGCCGGAGUUGUCUUAAGCGUCGUCGAUAUGCCGGACAGCAUCUUCUCCUACGAAACGAUCCGUCAGACCGGAGUGUUCAUGGGCGGCGAUUGCAUAAUCGGUUUAACAAUAGCCACGUCCACGUUGCAGCUGUUGAUCGGCAUCAAAUCACUGAUUAUAACUGAAUGGUAUCAUAUUGUUAUGAUUCUGAUAAGGCACAUUCUCUGCGGAGGAGUUGUUGGGUAUAUAAACGGAAAGGUGAUGGCCUAUCUCAUAACGGGGAUUUACAAUGAUUCGUACCUUUUGGUGAGCGCCAUGCUUGGAAGCUCUUACGUUACGUUCAUGUUCUGCGAAGUGGUUCUUUUCUGCUCGGGAAGUUUCGCCACUUUCAUACUGGUGAUGUUCAUGAGCAGAGAAAGGGCGAGACUCAGCGGACACACUGAUGAUGGUGUGGUGCAAUUCUUGGAUUCCCUCUACGAUAUCAUCGAGAUCAUCAUCGGCGUAGUCAUCGUAACUUAUUUCACCAUUCACUUGAUGGAGCACGCUUCUAUAUGGUUGCUGGCCUUAUCCUUCGGCGUCUUCAUCAUAAUCACGACGUGCAGAUUUAUGGUCUUGCUGAUACUAUCCCCAGUAUUGAGCAGAAUCGGCUACGGCUUCACUUUCUCGACGAUGUUCUGCUUGUACUGGGGCGCUCGCAGAUAUUUAAUCCAACUGAUGAUCAUCUACUUCAUCAACGACUAUAAUCUCGAUAAACACGUCGAAGCGUACAUCUGCUUCACGGUGACCUGCUGCGCUCUAACUCUUCUCCUUAAUGUUACGACUUUGAAGAUAUUCUUGAUUAAAAUGAAGCUCAUGGAUCUCUCCAAUUCGAAGAAGAGGAACAUCCAGAACUGCAUCAAGUAUCUGUUCAAUACGCGCACGAGGAUUCUCUCGAUCAUGAAGAUGAACAGGAUAUUUUCCGAUGCGAACUGGCCGAUGAUUCAGGAGAGGACGAAACUUUUAGGCACUGUAGUUAAAUUCGAGGAUUCGACCGAAGGAGGAAACGUGAUGAUGAUCGGACAGCGGCAAUCUCAGUGCCCCUCGUGCCAUAAAACAGUUAUGAUCCAACCGACGAAGAAGGAAUUGGUGAAGAUGAAAGCCGAAGUGAAUUUGCGAAUCCUGAAGACGGAGAAGAUAUCUUAUAUCAGACAAUACGAGGACGGUUUACUCAAUAAAGAGGGAGUGCGUGUGCUGAUGCAAGCAGUCGAAAUGGCCUCGGAUUCUGCCGACUUGUACAUAAAAUUGGACGAGCUUUUCAUUAUAUUCAAAGAAAAAAGCUUCUUCGAACGUACCAAGAUGGCGUUUUUACAUUUGUGCAAUACGGAGAUUCCCAUGAAAGUGCCCCGGCAAUUCGUGAGAAGUCAAUGCUAUCGCAUCAUGAUGCACCGUGUCUUCGAUAUCCUCGUAUACAUCGUCACCAUGCUUUUCUGCAUCGUCGUCCUAUUCCAGAUCUUCUUCAGGGAUCAGAAAACCUCAUUAUUUAUGACCCUGGUCAUAAUAGAACACUUCUUCUUCAUCUUCUACGUGGUCGAGUUUGAGAUAAAGUUGCUUGCAUAUUCGCACACGUCCAAACUGCAAGGAUUCAGAAGUUACAUGAGGUGUCGUUGGAAUCAGGUGGAUUUCAUUGCUCUGGUUAUCAAUAGUUUGGAUUGGUUCUACUCGUACAUCAAGUAUUUGAAUUACACGGAGGACGAGGUGUGGCACAUAAUCAGCGAGUAUUUUCGUUACGCCGAGGCCAUACGUCUCAUUAAGAUGCUGAAGGUGUUUCAAAAGCUUUACCCAAAAUUCUUGUCGUACUGCGACAAGAAAAUCGACACCAAAGUUUCGUACGCUUUUCGCAUCGGAAUGGCUUUGGUGGUGGCUUUCGAAGAAGUCAUCGAAAUGUUACCGUACAUUGCGGAUAACAAGGAGAUCAAGGACGAGCUCAUGUUCAAACUGAACAGUGACAGAUUGGCUAUAACGCAGCAAUUGGCUCUAAUACAGAAGGAUCGACCUUGGAUUACAAUCACUGUGAAAACUAAGCAGGCCGUAGCUUCCACUCUCAAGCAUAUGCAACGCGGAAUCAUGGAAUUGAAACAAUGCGGUAUCACCGACAAAUACGAGUUUAAUAAGCUGAAUGCAUCUCUGGAGGAACGUUUGAGUUGGGUGUGGAGAUUGAAAUCCCUUCAGAGUAUUCCUCCGAAGACGUUGUUUUACGAGAUUCCCUGGAUGGUGGAUGAAAUGUUUAUCGUUGAAUAUCUUUACGAGAAUGUUGCAACUAAGGUUUGGGAUGCUGGGGACGUUAUUUGUGAGAUUGGUGACGUCGCCGAAGGGGUUUUUAUUUUGGUUGCAGGAGUUUUGAAAGUAACUUAUGUUCCGAACACCGAGACCUUGGAGAAUAUGAGUAUAUUCGGGACUCUUCCGAUAAGAGAGAUUCUGAGCAACAAGAGAUUCAAUGAGACCCAAACAGAGUAUCUUAUGAUGGGGAAUAGCAUGGGAGAGUUGGCUGUGCUGACGGGACGUCCGUACAACUGCACUGUGGUCUCAGAUACACCCAGUCAAACGUUCUUCAUCCCUGCGCCGGUUCUGCUGGAAGCGAUCGAGAUGAGCAAAGAUCCUGUCGAUGGAUUGUCGCCUCGUUUGUGGAAGUAUAUAACUGUUAAUUUGGCAAAGAACGUUUUGAUGGAUACGCAUAUCUAUCAAUCGACGAGCAACGAGCAGUUGAGGACCAUUUUGGGAAGAGCUUUCGUGCCCAAUUUGGCUGCUUACAAGAUGUUCGUGUUGUCUGAGAUGAUCGAGGAUAUCAUACUGAUUGAAGGAUUGAUCGUGGAUUUCAAUACGAGGGAAAUAUACACGGCUCCCUUGUACAUCCCCAGGACGGUCAAUAAGAUUUUACUGCCGUCGAGCGAGUCGUUCAGCAUCGAAAACAUCACGAAGACCAUUCUGAUGAUUAUUCCUGAUAAAGAGGCGGACGAUUAUGAGCUUAUGGAGCGGAGCCAGGCGAUGUCUGAUUUGAUAGCGAACCCUCCGAAACAUUUGUUAGUCCAUGCUUCUGUGAAAAAUAAGACGAGGCAUAUUAAGAACAUGCUUUCGACCAAGAGGAAGCGAUUCGGUAGGAAGUCGAGCAGCAGCAGUCAGGGAAGUUCUCGAUCCUCGCGAUCGUUUAAAUCCCGAAUAUAUAGCAGGGGUCGCGCCAGUUCCGAGGUAUCGUCGGAACACUCCUCGAGUCACGGUAGUUCCUCACACGACACCUCGGACAAUGUGAUCAGCGACACGAGCAGUACGCAUUACGACGACGAGAGCGAAGGACACGUGGGUCAGUCCAUCUCUGAACCGACGUCUGUAGUGAAGAAGGGAAAACUGCCGUUACCCGAUGUCGAACAUCAAUCGAAGGAAAAUAUUGAGGUCGAGCGUGAUCACGUUCAAGAACAUGAGCAGGAUCGCGAUCAAGAACAUCACAACGAUAAUGAACAUGUUCGUGAUCAGGAUCAUGAUGUCGAUAAUCAGCAUUCGCAGAAGCCCAAAGAGAUUCAAAGGUUACCAGACAUCGUCGAAGACUUGAACGUAAUCUUCGAAAGCUCCACGGACGAGCGCAACAUGGUACCCAUCGAGAGCAAGCCGAACCAGGUGACCAGUUUCGAGGAUCUGUUCAAUCGUAGCGAAUAUCCGGUCACGAAGAAGGAGAUGAUGCGGAAGAUGUACGAGAACAAUCCGAAGGAGGCGAGGAAAAUGUUGAACAGAGCGCUGGCCUACCGGAAGGUGUUUCUGCAUUCGAAGGAGGGUUUGAAGGAUCACAAGUCGAAGCCACCGAGUAAAGAUCAUUGA